AUGGCUAUCUACACCGUCCUACGUCGUGCCACCGCCGCCGUAAUUCCUCUGGCUGCUCGCCGCACGGUGGCUUCUUCUUCCAGAACAUUCCACAGCGCACUCUCUGUCAAACUCCUUUCUCACCAAGAGAUGAUUCCUUUUGUACCUUCUCGUAGCUUCGCUAACGCCGUCGCAAAGAAGUCCAUCCCAGAUUCUAAUCUUAUUAAAGUACUUCAAUCUGAAAUCAAUUGCGCCCUCGAGGACAAUGAAGCUACUGAACAAGUUGAAAUUCCUGUUGGAUUUCCUUUUGAGAUUGAGGACAAUCCUGAAGUAAGAACUAUUCAAUUAAAAAGACAAUAUGAGGAUGAAGUUAUCACAGUUCAAGUUGACAUCCCUACCAGAACACCUGAAGAAAACGAGGGUGACGAUGCAGAUGACAAUGAGAAGAAUGAUACUGAAUCUAGCAUUCCUUUGGUUGUGACUGUUUUCAAAGGAAAUGGAGUGUCCUUAGAGUUUGGCUUGACUGCUUACCCUGACGAGGUUUUGAUCGAUAGCUUGUCAAUUAAGAAGCCCGACGAUUCUGAAGAUGAGCUGGCAUAUGAGGGACCUGAGUUCACUGAUUUGGAUGAAAAUCUGCAAAAGGCUUUUCUCAAGUAUCUCGAGAUCCGGGGGAUAACAGCAGGCACAACCAACUUUUUGCAGGAAUACAUGUUUAACAAAGACAGCAAGGAAUAUUUAUUGUGGCUGAAGAAAGUGAAGAGCUUCGUUGAGUAA